AGAUAGAGACCCCAACCUAGCGCGAAGGGUGGUUUCCAUCGGCAUAUUCUUAUCUCCACCGUCAAGUUCCAUAGCUCUUUCUUCCCUGUCCCAAUUCGAAACCCUAAUUUUCAGUCUUCUCUUCCGCUAUCCGACCUCCACCAACUACGCUGCUGGCGGCCCGCAAUGUUCUGGAUUUCUUUCUCUCUAAAAUCCUCUCCAUCUUCCACCACUGAUGCAAUGUUAUGCAGUUCUGAGAUUGAGGCCUUAAUUUUGCACCAACUGCAUUCAAUGUGGAGUAUGUGUGUACACGGACAGUUUUUGCAACGAAACACCGGUUAGAGAAAAGAGAAAGAAAAAUGUAUGCACUGGUCUAAAAUCAUCCAAUCGAAUUCACUAUUUGGACCAGAUGUGCGAUUAACAUAGCAGAGGAGAGAGAUCAGAUAUUGUAUGCCCAACAAUUUCUCCUCGUCGGCGAUGAACAACGAAUAAUCCACGACAACCGUCGACUGGCAAAACUAAGCUGAGCAAGGACUCAACCAUUCAGCUUUGCACUUGACCUUGUAUCAUGUGCAAGGACAUGGCUCGCCUAUGACCUCCCAGUCUCCGCCAUCCUUUUCCGAGUUACUUUCUCAUGACCAAGCACGAGUUAAGCAUCUAAACUCCAGAUUCACUAAGACUAGAACAAGUGGUGCCACAAACUCCGCCUCACACAAAUCGGAACACCUUUUUGGACCAAAGUUCAUCAGCACACCCUUGAACCCUGGUCUGUCCAUUGGUGCUGGCAAUUACUAUGUCAAGAUUGGACUUGGCACUCCACCGAGUUACUAUCCCGUGCUUGUCGACACGGGCAGCUCCUUCUCCUGGCUGCAAUGCCAGCCUUGCCUCGGAUACUGCCAUCCACAGGUCGUUCCCUACUUUGAUCCCACUGCAUCCAGCACCAACAAAAAGUUAUCGUGCACAACACCCGAGUGCAAUUCACUCAAGGAAGCCACUUUGAAUGACCCUGCUUGCACUUCUGCUAAUGAGUGUGUGUAUGAGGCUAGCUAUGGGGACAAAUCUUUUUCCAGUGGCUACUUGAGUCAGGAUUCACUUAGCCUAACACAAUCAGAAACACUGCCUGGUUUUGUGUACGGGUGUGGGCAGGACAAUGAAGGAUAUUUUGGUAAGUCUGCUGGUCUUUUUGGCCUGGCUCGUAACAAGCUCUCCAUGAUCUCUCAGCUGUCAACCAAAUAUGGAUAUGCCUUCUCCUACUGCCUCCCAACAGCGAAAGGAGGCAGUGGAGGCUCAUUGACCAUAGGAAGGGAUUCAUUGAUGGGAUCAUCCUAUAAGUUCACUCCAAUGCUUACUAAUUCCCGAGAGAGCAGCUUGUACUUUUUGAGUUUGUCUGCAAUUGCAGUGGCAGGCAGAACACUGGGGGUGACAGAGGCAGAGUACAAGGCUCCAACAAUAAUAGAUUCUGGGACGGUGAUCUCGCGCCUUCCUAUGUCAGUAUAUGCAGUUCUCCGUGAUGAAUUCACCAAGAUCAUGUCAUCAAAGCACGAAACUGCCCCCGCGUAUAGCAUUCUCGACACAUGUUAUAAAGGGAGUUUGAAGGAGAUGUCAGAUGUGCCGGAGGUUCGGAUGGUGUUUCAAGGAGAGGCCUACCUCACUCUUGCGCCUCACAACAUUCUGUACGAUAUUGCCGAGGAGAACAUUACAUGCUUGGCCUUCAUAGGAAACUCGGCCAGUGAUGGAAUCGCCAUUAUUGGAAACACACAGCAACAGACAUAUAGUGUGGCUUAUGAUGUCACAAAUUCAAGAAUCGGAUUUGCUGCUGGGGGCUGCAGCUAGUUAUUUAAAUGAUAGUAACUUUAUCUCAUAUAUCAAACAUUAUGGCAUCUCAUGUAAAAGGAGUCAUGAGGACACUCUGCAACAACCCUUUAUAUGUGAUAGAUAAAGAUCCCAAAACCCUAAAUUGUUCUUAUUUGGGAUCAUAGAUCCUAAGGUUGUAUAUGAAGAUUGUGUUAUUGUAUAACAAAGAAGAUGUUAGAACGAAUUAAGAAAAAUAAUAUCAUCUUCAUAUUGUUGGAUCA